CUGAGUGUACUUUUUACUGGGGUUUUACCCCCUGUGUAUCGCCGUCUCAAUGUUUUCUUUUUGCCCGGGAGACUUGAUAUCAGUAUCAUGCAGGAAAAAUCAGAUCCUCAACGGAUGUCCAGAGUGUUACUCACAUUCGAUCGACUUAACUGUUUAAUGAUGUUUCUCUUCCAUGUUGGCCCUUUCCCAUGCUAUCGCAUUACGCAGGAUCGAUGGGAUCCAGGAAUUGAGAAACAAUUUCAGCCAGAACACCUCCUCUGGUCUGGAGUCUCAACUGCCAAUGCUCCCUUGAUCAAAGUAUGCGCUGAGGACGGUUUGAGAGGCAUGUCACAGACGGCAGAGACUACGGUAUAUGCCGCGCAAUAUACCGUCAGCCUGAAAGCCGAAAACGGGGCAUUCACAGCAAACUUAGGAUUAGCAACAAGUGCCCAGCCUACUUUCGAUCUUGUGACUGUGGAGGACGGUUCACCAAUUGAGCUGGGAGAAGGUUCCAAAAAUGAACAAGUCAUGCUCGCCAAUCAUGGCGAGGAUACCAGAGCAUAUGCAGCUAAUAAGUACCUGCAAGUUGGAGAAAAAGAUCUAUCUCUUUUGAAGAAACAAUGA